AUGGCCGAUACUGACUGGGUAGAAUACAAGUGCAAUCACAUAGAAACAUCUCCACUGCAAGAACAAGGUGUUUUAAUUGCUGUUGGAGAUGACUUAGACAUUGAAACUGAAGAAGACAAUGACGAGAGAAGCACAGACAUGGAUGUAAUUGAUGCAAUGCUGAAAGUUCUUGAAGAAACCAAUGGUAACAACGUGAAUAGAAACAAAACAACAGCAUCAUAUGCAGACUCUGGUACCAAUAAAGAUAAUGAUAAGAAUAGUGAAAGUGAACUUCACAAGGAAGAUGGAAAUUACUCAGGAGAUUUGACAGUGCUCACAGGUAACAAUAACAGUGGCACAAGAGAUAAUUCUGUGCACGACUUGUCCAAUGAAGGUGAACAGAAAGCUUUGAAGCUUUCUUAUGGCAAAAGGAGUAAAUAUACUGGAGAGAAGCAAUUUGAAUGUUCUAACUGCAAAAAGAAAUUUAAUCAAAAGGGAAAUAUGAUUACACACAUGAGAACACACACUGGAGAGAAGCCAUUUGAAUGUUCGUACUGCAAAAAGAAGUUUAAUGUAAAGGCAAAUUUGAUCAGUCACAUCAGAACACACACUGGAGAAAAGCCAUUUGAAUGUUCUUACUGCAACAAGAAAUUUAAUCGAAAAACACAUUUGAUCAAACACAUCAGAACACACACUGGAGAGAAGCCCUUUGAAUGUUCUUACUGCAACAAGAAGUUUAAUGUAAAGACAAAUUUGAUCAGUCACAUCAGAACUCACACUGGAGAAAAGCCAUUUGAAUGUUCUUACUGCAAAAAGAAAUUCAAUCAAAAGACACAUUUAAUUAGACACAUCAGAACACACUCAAGAGAGUAA